AGAAGUGGUUUGCGGUCGUCGCUUUGUGUUGGAUUUGUGGUUGCCCAGCGUGGAGUGAUCGUGCUCUGAUUUGCGUUGACUCGUCUUUAAACCUACUUUUACGAAUAAAGAACGUGUUGCACCAUAGAAUCUCAGUGUUAGACAUCAUUACCCUCAGUUCGGUUUAAGGACACCGAUUUAGAUUUCAAGCCUGCCAUCAUGAAUGAGUUGACGCCUGAGGAGAUGCGACGCCGGCGCCUGGCUCGGCUGGCCCCCUCCAUGUCUGCGGCGCCCGUGGCGCCACUGGCGGACGUAGCGACGUCACAGCCCCAGCCUGACGGAGGCCAGCUGCUGGGAGAGAAGCCAAAUGAGAGCGCGGCGCGGGUGUCGGUGGAGGACGAGUGCCGCAUGGAGCUGGACCGGCCGCUGGAGGGGCCCGCCGAGCCCAUGCUGCUCGGCCCGCAGAAGGAGCGCUCAGCCAUCAGCCAGCUGACGCUGGAGCCGUGCAUCGACGCCAUGGAGACGGAAGAGCUGGAGCGGGCCGGCACCAAGCGGCUCCGACCGAGCGAGCCGCCGUCGCAGCCGCAGCCGCCGCCACCGCCACCGCCGGACCCCGUACUGCCCGUCGUGUGCCGCGUGCUCUGCGUGUCGCCGGCCGGCGGUCCGUGCCCCGAUGGUGCCCCGCGUCCGCUAACGCUGGCCGCCGCGGAGCUGGACACGCUCGGCGUCGACGACUUCGUCGACCAGGCGCUGAUGGAGGUACUGCUGGACGCGACCAUGUCGUCCGCCACGCUGCCGACGCCGGCCGCCGGCCACAAACGGCCCGAGUACGACCCGGACAGCCAACGGGAGUCGCGGGCCAGCGAGGAGUUCCGCCUGUUGCUUUACCUCAUGGAGUGCGCCGGCCGCGUGGAGGACGAGAUCAGACGGGCGCCGCGGAGGUGCGGAGAGCCGCCGCUGAGCGCAGCUCUGGCCUCGCUGCGCGAGCAGGCGACGCGCGCGGCGGCGCUGGACCUGCUGACCGAGCUGCACUGGCAGCAGGACGCCCUGCAGCAGGUGGUGGUGCCGGUGCUGCGCCGGCUCUCGCUGAUGGUGCGCUCCGUCUCCAUGUCUGAGCCGGACCACGGCCGGCCGCUGGAGGUGCUGGCCGAGCUGUGCGAAGUGCGCGCCGCCGGUCGCCGCGUCAUCUGCGACCUGCUCGUCCAGCUGCCCGAGUGGCUGCCAGAGCCGCUGUCGCCGGCCGGCGGACGGGAGCUGGCCGCCCUCUCCUUCCUGGGGCCGUUCAUGCGCUACUCGGUCCUGUCCGAGGACGACUGCAAGGUCAUCAAGAAGUCAUACGGCGGCUCCUCCAGUCCAGAGGCAGUGCGCAUGCUCAACAAGACGCUGCAGCAGCAGCUGGAGAACGUCCGGACGCACCUCUUCCACAUCGUGCACGCGCUGCUGGUGAACACGAGCUCGCGCGAUGCCACGCUGGCGCUGUUGGCCGCCCUGCUGACGGCUAACGAGCGGCGCGGCCAGCUGCACGCCGACGACCGGCUGGUGGCCGGCGACGGCCUCAUGCUCAACCUGGUCACCGUGCUGAUGCGGCUGGCGAGCAGGGUUAAACUGGACAAAGUGGACGUAUGCUUUACGUUUCAUCCUAAGUUUCGCUUCAAGAUAGAGGACGAAACGCGAGUAAAAAUGACAUCACAGGAAGCUCAGGAAUGGACGCAGAGAAUGGCGUCGGGCGCCGUGCCGGACGUCACCUGGAGUGAGCCCACCUUCCACACCGAGUGCUGGUACCUGACGCUGCACUGCCACCACCUGUCCGUGCUGCCCGCCACCAGGAAGUACCAGCACCGGCUGCGCGCCAUCCGGGACUACCAGAAGCUGAUCGAGGAGCUGAAGAGCACCGAGUCCGUCUGGAAGGACGGGCCGCACGCCGCACGCAACAGGCAGAUGCUCGCCAAGUGGAAGAACCUUCACAAGCGUCUGAGCGAGGCCAAGCUGUCGGCGGACGCGGCCCUGCUAGACCCGGCGCUGCUGCAGCGCAGUCUCCUCUUCUACGCGCACACGUGCCAGCUGCAGCUGCGCCAGAUGGGCGCCCAGAGCGGCAGCCUUCCUUCGCACGUUCCGGACACGUUCCGCGCCCAGCUCGAGUGGUACAUCGAGGACAUCGCCGAGUUUCUGCUCUUCACACUACAGUACCGACCGGCGCUGGUACGCGACAACAUGGAUGACGCCAUGCUGGUGUGGCUGCUGGUGCUGUGCUGCUCGCCGUCUUUCUUCAACAACCCCUACCUGGUGGCCAAGCUGGUGGAGGUGCUGUACGUGAUGAACCCCUCCAUCCAGGAGGGCAUGGACGAUGUCUUCCACCGGAUCAUGGCGCACCCGCUGUCGGGGCCGCUCUCCGUCAGUCUCAUGAAGUUUUACACGGACGUCGAGUCGACCGGCUCGGCCAACGAGUUCUACGACAAGUUCACCAUCCGCUACCACAUCAGCAUCGUGCUGAAAACCAUGUGGGACUCGCCACGCCACCGCCAGCUCAUGAUCGCAGAGUCCAACACCGGCAAACAGUUCGUUGUGUUCAUCAACAUCCUGAUGAAUGACACGACUUUCCUGCUGGACGAGUCUCUGGAGUCGUUGAAGCGCAUCCACGACCUGCAGUCGGAGCAGGAGGACAGGGCGCGCUGGGAGGCGCUCUCCCGGGAGGAGCAGCAGACGCGGACGAGGCAGCUGCACUCGGACGAGGCUCAGUGCAGGACGUAUCUGACGCUGGGACGCUACACGGUGGAGAUGUUCCACUACCUCACCAUGGAGAUCAAGGAGCCGUUCCUGCGGCCGGAGCUGGCCGACCGCCUGGCCGCCAUGCUCAACUUCAACCUGCAGCAGCUGUGCGGACCCAAGUGCAACAAUCUCAAGGUGAAAAGUCCGGAAAAGUACGGCUGGGAACCGCGCCGACUGCUGGACCAGCUGACCGACAUCUACCUCCACCUGGACUCGCCCAGCCUGGCCACGGCCAUCGCCAACGACGAGCGCUCCCUGAGGCCGCAGCUGUUCUCUGACGCCGUCAGUCGGAUGGAGAGGGCUGUCAUCAAGCCGCAGCCGCAGAUAGAGGCGUUCCGGCAGCUGGCGGCGCGCAGCCUGGAGAUCCGGACCCGUAACGCCCAGAAGGCGGUGGAGUUCGGAGACGCGCCCGACGAGUUCAAAGACCCGCUGAUGGACACGCUGAUGGAGGACCCGGUGAUCCUGCCGUCGGGCAAGGUGAUGGAUAGGCCAGUCAUCACGCGCCACCUGCUCAACUCGUCCACGGACCCGUUCAACCGGCAGCCGCUCACCGAGGACAUGCUGAUCACUGCCACGGAGUUGAAGCACAAGAUAGAGGACUGGAAGAAGGCCAAACUAGAGGGGAAGAAGUGAAGCCGUCUCCCCCGCCCGUCUCUGCUGCCUCUGAAGUGUGGUUGUGCCGUGUCGGCAGCUCUGUCCAGCUCGGCCUGGCCGGCGGCGGCGGCGGCGCGCACCGGCCAGGCUACUGGCAGCCCCGACAGACCGAGCGCGCCGGCCGACCCCACUCCGUUUGUACCUUUGUAAUGACGACCGCCGCCAGCGCCGGACGCGGUCGCUUCCGCUCGCGGAGAACAGGCCGGGCGGGCGCGAGCCUGUGCCCACAUGUGACGCGGUGCGCGAUCCCAUGGCUUGGACACGGCAACGUGGGUGAUGUGGGACCGCGGCCGUGGCGGACGGAGGUCGCGUCCCUGCCGUGUGCAGAUUGUGGCGCGCUGUCACGCGAUUCUGACGUCAUAAGCGCACACCGGGCCAUUCGAGGUAGCGCGUGACUUGUAUUUAUGACGUCCCCAAAUGGGACGACUCAAGCGGCCUAUUGUCGCGUGCGUUAUCGAGCAGCGUACGAGAACGUAUUGCUUAUUUAUGCGCGCGGUGUGUACAUAUGUUGUGUAUGUUGGUAUAUACAGGAAGCCACGUACCACGC